AUCGAGCAAAGACAGACGAAUGUCCAAAUUCCUUUCAUGUUUUGCCCCGAAGUGUUUGGAAACCCACCUAAACUAUGCACUCAAUGUGGUGGAGACUCAUUACGACAUGGACAAUGCAACAACCUGUUAAUAUCUGGCCGCCAACCACUCUCAUGCCUCCAGUCAGGGAUACGCUGUUAUGGGUAUUAUUGUGCUUGCACCCAUGAUGGCGAGGAUCAUCAAACCCAAAUUACAUCGACAUUUGUGAUUGCUGGACAGACUGGAACAGUAAUAUUUGAGCCUGUGACACUCACAGAAUAUGCUGGCCUGCGAAUGAGCACUACAGUCACAUUGACAGACGUGGCAACCACGACAGAUGGAGGGUCCAGUAUGGAAACUGUUCUAGCCGUCAUUUUUGCAGGAGGAUUGGCAUGGCUUGCCGUUUAUGCCAAACCGGACGAUCCAAAUUGCCCGUCAAAUCCCGAAGAAGAUUGCCAAAAAUGUGGUGGACCAGACGAGGUUGGGCUUUGCUCUAGUGGUCCUGACGCGGGGUGUCCCUGCGAGGAAGUCCAGAACUGUCCCAAUGAACCCCCUUUGUGCACAGAUACCGAGUGUGGCGGCGAUAAUGGCAACUCCCAGUGCUCCGCAUCGGGUGCCAUCAAUGGCUGCCUCUGCUGUCCAGCCGACCCCCCUGAUUGCACCGACAGCAAUUGCUUGGGUACCAACGAACAAGAAUGUACAGCACUAAAGUGGGAUAAAUGUGGUUGC